CACCAGCGAGCAGCGCAGAGGCCUCAAGCUCAGCAUCUUGGCCAAUGGGCCAUUGCGUGUCUGCACUACCUGCCGGAACUAAUUCGUAAGGUUUUAGAAGUAAAAUGCCAUCUUUUAAUUUUAAUCUGUCUGGGUCUGAGUCCGAAUCUGUGGGGGCCGGAUCAGAUGCAUGUGCAUGUUGGCGGCACUGUAAACUGCGUCGAGGCGUUCGCGGGGCACUUGCUCGAUUUGGAACUGCUUGUCGGACAGCAGUGAGAAGAAGGAGUCGCCUCGGUCUCCAGCAAAGCGAGCCUCGUGCGCGGAAACGAUCAGCGUGUCAGGAUGCGAUAACUGCACAAUGGUCUGUACCAGCUUCUGAGAGAUAUCGCGAUGGCCGUAUACCAGGUCUGAGCACAGGAUGACAUCGAACUGAUGCGACUCUAGCUCGUCGCCUUCGCCCCACAUUAAUCCCUGCGCACGGACGUUACCGGAAAUGCAGCCGAGUUUCUGAUUCCGCUCGACGUUAACUUGGAUCCAGGGGACUGCCAUGGGCUGCGAUGACGAGCACGUGAGCAGUUGAUCGAAUUAUCAUCAUUAACCAGGGACUCGUACCAUGUCGGUCAGCACAACCUCCUUGGCACCAAGUGCAGCUGCAGCCAAACCCGGCACACCGAUGCCGCAGCCCAACUCAAUCACGCGCUUGUUAAUGAAAAAGCUCGGUGAGAAGUACGCGUCGUUGGCCAGGAAUUUAGCCAGCACCAAAGCGCAAUCCCAGACCUUAGCCUGCUGACCCUGUUUCUCCUGAAAGACAACUUUCUUGUCGGCACGGAGCUCAAGCGCGCUCUCCGUCACCAUGUCUUUAUCAGUGCCUUGAACACGUCGCUGUCUGGCUGCCAGUCCCCAUCCUCGCUCCGCGUACUGCUCCACGUAUCGCGCAGCCUCUCGACGUUUUGCUCGCUGUGUUUCUGUCUCCUUAAAGAGAUCAUCGCUCUCCAUGCGACCGAAGAAAUCGUCCUCAUCGGAGCUGCUCGCGUCGUCGAUGGUGCUCAUAUUUUUCCAAUUUUGACUGGAUUGGAAUGACACCCAAAAACUAGAAAUUGCUAAAAUAGUCCAAGCUACGAAACUCAAGUAUUACGAUAGCCAACGCAAGGUGCAAGAUGGACGCGACGUUGGCAACGUUCGACACCGUCGAGACGGCGGACUGUGUGGAAUCAUGCCCCGUGGCAGGCUUCGAGUCAUCGAUGGUGGUGGCUACCUACCAGCUCCACAAGGCGGCGGAGAUUGGCGAGAAGGAGGACCGGCGUAGUGGCACCAUUCAGCACUUCCAGUUGAGUUGUGACGACGCUGCCAGUACCGACGGCGCAAAUGUUUCGGUGCACAAGCUGGAGGGAAUCACAACAUCCAGCGGCAUCUUCGACAUCAAGUGGAACACGGAGGCCAUGAACGGCAAGGCAGUGCUGGGUGCCGCCACGGCUGGUGGCUCACUGGAACUAUACGAGUUAGCUCGCGAAGGUGACGUGCAGACGCUGCGUCACUCGGGGCUAACCACCGACACGAACGCUGAAUCCAUGUGCCUGUCGUUGGACUGGAACAACCGUGUCCACUCAAGAGCCCAACCUUCCAUCUGCGUGAGCCACUCGGACGGCGCACUAUCGGUCUGGGAUCUUGCACCGCACGGUAUCAUUCAACAAGCCAAGUGGCGUGCUCACGACCUGUAUGGCUCGCCCAUUGAGGCGUGGAUCGCGGCCUUCAACUGCCACGACCCGAAUGUGCUGUUCUCGGGCGCAGACGACGCUGCCAUGAAGGGAUGGGAUUUACGCGUCGGCUCCGCAGCGCCGACCUUUAAGAACACGCGGCAGUACUCCAUGGGCGUAUGCAGCAUCCAGUUUCACCCGCAUGACGAGCGUUUAGUGGCUGUGGGUAGCUACGACGAACACAUUGCGAUCUGGGACCAUCGUAAUAUGACGCGCCCGCUGGCCGUGUACGGCGCAGGUGGCGGCGUCUGGCGUCUGAAAUGGCAUCCAGCUGAGCAUCGCAAGGUAGAGCACCAGAAAGCGAGAUCUAAUUACCGGUGAUGAUGCGCUAACCUCUCACCCCCGUCUCUGUUUUACAGGAGCUGCUGCUGGCUGCUUGCAUGCACAACGGCUUCCAGGUGUUGGAGCUGGCGGAGGACCAGACCGAGCUGGACAAGGCGACGAGCUACGACCGGCAUGACUCGCUUGCGUACGGCGUGGACUGGUGGUUGCAUCCGGCUGCGCUACAAGCGAAAGCACCCGUGGUGGGAUCGGCCUCCUUCUACGACCACAUUUUUCAUGUGUGGCGCCAGCCAGUUACUUGUUGUUGAAGUUGCAUACAAAAAGCAAGUCAUUCGUACAAGACAAGUUCCGCUUCAGAAACCGUUCAAUUAUAACCCAUGUGAUUCUAUUUUCAUACGGUGGUCUAAUUAUAACCCAUGUGAUUCUAUUUUCAUACGGUGGUCUAAAUAGAUUCUGACGAGAUGACAACUUCAACGUCUUGUUGCUAAAAAAAAAACGAGAAGUUCCGUUGCCCAACGCUCGACGCUAGCUUAACUGUAUCCACUGGCUCGAGUGUGUACAUGCACUCGAUGUCUGUGCGCCAGUCUUGUGCCCUGCCACAA